AUGGGCUACCAAGGAAGCCUCUGUUUCUCCGACUUCAAGGCCAUCAGCGGCGGCUCGGCCACGGGCGUGAACCCCUUCGCUAUUAUCCCUCCAGAAGUUGUGCCGGCAGGUGUUGAGAAGAUGUCGAUGUUGGCGACGGUGCCGUUAUUGAGUAAUGGGAUUGCCGGCAGAAGGCCGGUGUUGAUCCUGGCUGGAGCGUGUGCUUGGACUGGAGGGUUGAUUGCUGCUACGAGUAGUUCGUUGGAGACGCAAUUGGCUUCGAGGGCCAUGCAGAGAAACAAGGCCAUCGCAGCCGUCGUGUCAAGCCAGGGCAAUAUUAUCAUCGGACUCGGCACAGUUACCCCAUAUAGUGCAUCGAACUACGACUGGAGAUGGAUUUACUACAUCACGUCUGGUGCUGGCAUCAUCGCGUGGAUCCUGUUGCUCAUCUUUCUGCCCGAGACGCGCUGGAAGAGAUCCAAGGAAGAGUUAAAUAUGGUCAUAGCCCUUCCCCAAUCGUUGUUAAUCACAAAACUGUCAUCUCCAGGCGGCCAACAACUCUAUCCCGUUACCCCCGGCAAAGACAGACUCGACCUGGACUACACCACCUACUUUGCCCCGACUACAUGGACAUACAUCGGCCUCUUCCAACACGACCUCAAAUGGAAAGAAGCCGGCCUUUCCAUGCUCAACACCCUCCGAAUAACUCUCUUCCCUGUCAUUAUCUGGGCCACCAUCACGAACAGCAUCUUCGUCAUCGUCCACUCUGCCGCCCAGCAGAUCAGCUCUUUGCCCUCCUUGCUCAGGGUUAAGUAA